AUGGUUGUUGAGGAUGUUGUGGACAUCCCAUCAACUAUUGACACACUUGUCUUUGGCAGUAACUUCAACAAAGUCAUCAUACCAGAUACACUGCCUACAUCAAUCACCUCACUGACCUUUGGCUACGAAUUCUCUCAAGCGAUCAUGCCUGGUUCACUGCCGGACUCAUUAGAGACAUUGGUUCUUGGGGUAUGCUUCAACCAGCCACUCUCAGUUGGAUCGCUACCAUCCUCCCUGCGUCACCUGACGUUCGUAAAUUCGUUCAACCAACCUCUUUGCCCGGGAGUGCUGCCUUCAUCACUCUACUCUCUAACGUUUGGCGCGGACUUUGUUACACCUCUCAUGGCUGAUGUCCUCCCCAAGUCACUCAAGAAGCUGAACCUGAGCUAUCGAUACAAGCAACUGGACUCGAGCAUUCUUCCCCAAGGACUGACCUCUCUGUCAGCAUACGAUCUAAAGUCACCGUGUACAUUGCCUCCGACGCUCAUCGAGCUCAAUGUUGGCGGAGGUGCGAUCUUUGGCCCCGAUGGACAAGCCUUGGCGCUGCCACCAACUCUUAGGACACUUUACUUCCUCCCAACAAAUCUACAUGUGGACCCUGUGAAGAUGUUCGCAUCGCUCCCACCUUCACUGACCAGUCUUACUCUUGAAGAGGGUUUCAUUGAUCCAGUGACGGUGGCCAGUGGCUACUUGCCAGACACACUCGAUCUUCUAGCAGAGUACAACUCUGCCAAUCAUCCUAUCGCGCCUGGAGCACUCCCCAGUCAUUUGACCAAGUUAUGUUUCUCUUACAAGUUCAACAGUCCCAUCAAACCAGGCACGCUACCCGAAUCACUCACUGAGCUAUGGUUCGGAUACAUGUAUAAUUCGCCAAUGGAACCGGGUUCAUUACCGGGUCGUCUUGUGACGCUCAACUUAGGCAAUAACUACAAGCGUAUGAUCCCACCAGGUGUUCUGUCACAGACAUUGAGUUGCAUUACACCUGGCGCAUGCAUGGGUGCAGACACACCGAUCGCAUUCCCAAACAACAUCAAGGUGCUUGAACUUGGCCUCAACAGAGUUUGGCGGAGCAACAUGAUCUCAUCAAAGCACCUUGCCAUACCUAUAUCAAGUGCUUCCGUGCAGCAAUCAAUCUCGUCACGUUCAGAAAGUAUGAGAUCAACACAAAGAUAA